UUCGAUCCUGUUCAUCUUACUAAAAUAUGGCAGAUAAAAUCGUCAAUUCCUGCUUGCUGUCCAAGACUGUCAUCACUCUAUCCAUCUUAAGUUUGUUGUUGUGCUGUGGUGUGUUUUUGAGAACAGAAUUGAUGCUAAACGAGCUGUAUUCAAGAGAAAUCACGCUGCCAGACAAGAUGACUUCAAAAAACUCCAUAAACGAUGGCAUGAAUCGACUCGACAAAGUUCAACAUUCACAACAAAAAGAAGGAAAACAAAAUGAAGAAAUUCUGAAAAGAAAAGUAAGACAUGCUACAAAUGGAAUCAACAACACAGUUAAGUUACUGACUGAUAUAUUCUCAAACAAAAUCCAUCAAGAGGUCGGCAAAGCAGUAGCCAGUUUACAAGCUGCCAAAUACUGGAUUCCAGUUCCAGGGCCUCCCGGUCCACAAGGAAAACCUGGCCCAAGAGGACCGAGAGGACGAAAUGGUAGAACUGGACGUCGCGGAAAACGAGGACCACGUGGUUUUCCUGGAAAGAUCGGGCUUCCUGGUCCUAGAGGAAUGCCAGGACCACAAGGACCGAAGGGAGAUCCUGGUCCUUCCUUAGCACGUCCAACAGUUCUCAUUUCACCGGCACAUCUCAUCGUCAAUGAAAGCCAGUCCGCCAUCUUACAUUGUUCAUCUAGUGGUUAUCCUCGACCUGAUGUUGUCUGGAGUAAAAACAACGGUACAUUACCACACAAACGAGCAGUAGUUGAUAGCACUGGCAAACUUGAUAUCAAACACGUGACWVYCAAUGACUCAGGAAUCUAUCAGUGUAAGGCUUCUAAUAUUCUUGACAGCACACAAACAACAGCGAAACUCCAAGUGAACUUCCACCCACGGCUGACCUUAAACAAACAAUCAAUCUACAAAAAGAUUGGUGAUAACAUUCUUCUCCCUGCGUGUCACGUGACUGGAUUCCCUAAGCCAAAAGUCACAUGGUCCAAGAGUAUUGGUUCUUUGCCUAAAAGUCGUUCUGCUAUUACGGAAGGGCAACUUGCUAUACUUAAAUCGACAAAACAUGAUUCAGGGACAUAUGUUUGCAAAGCUGAAAAUCUCCUUGGUUCUGUAGUAGGAUCAGUUGUUGUGAAUGUUAUUGAUCUGCCUGUGUUUGUUGUCAAGACCCACGUCGUAUACAGUUCUUGCAGAGAAAAUCGUAGUGUUAAACUGUACUCUGCUAAAGGUGACCCUCAGCCUGUCAUUAGUUGGAGAAAAGACAACGGACGUUUUCCUGUUGGUAGAUAUGAAGUGAAAGAUGAUUCUUUGAUUAUAAGGAACGUCAAGGAAACAGAUUCAGGCGUGAUUGUGUGCACUGCUACGAGUGCUGGAGUGUCUGAUACAGAAUCUAGAACAACGCUGACUGUACAACAUGCAAAGGAUUGCGCAGAUCUUUACAAAUCAGGAGAGAGACGUAGUGGUGUGUACACAGUAAAACCGGACAAGCAGUCUGCAUUUCAAGUCUACUGUGACAUGACAACUGACGGUGGGGGUUGGACUGUGAUCCAAAGAAGACAAGAUGGAUCGGUUGAUUUCUAUCGCGAUUGGCAGCAAUACAAAACAGGUUUUGGAAACCUGAAUGGCGAGUUUUGGUUGGGUAACGAUUACAUCCAUCGACUGACAGCAAGAACAGCGUCGAGUCUGCGCGUUGAGUUAGAGGACUGGGACAGAACUAGGAAGUAUGCCAAAUAUGGUAGUUUUAGUGUUGGCGAUGAAUCAGACAAGUACAGGCUGAGGGUUGGUUCGUAUUCAGGUUAUGCUGGGGACUCGUUAUCAUAUCAUAACAAUAUGGCGUUUACUACAAAAGAUAGAGAUAACGACAAGAGUAGUGGUGAGAACUGUGAUACUCAAUAUACCGGUGCCUGGUGGUAUGACGAUUGUUAUUCUUCUAAUCUGAAUGGAAAGUAUCUUGGAAGCAAGUACUCCACUGACGGAAUGGUUUGGAGAUUCUUUCAUGACAACCUCCUAAGCUUGAAAAAUUCCGAAAUCAAGAUACGUCCAACUGUCUUUUAGAUUUCAUAUGACUAUAUAAGCUCAAUAAACAUUGACAGACAUAGCAACCAAUUAAAAGCUAACUGUUUUUGAUUAAAACUGAUCUGAGUCAUGUUUUGGACACCAAAUUUAAUUGUAUUUAAACUAGUGUAUUGAAAAAUAUAAUGUCCAAUAUAUUUGUUCCGUAAUAUAUUUCUCUUCGUCUUUGUUAAUUCGAGGGCGGAAAACGGGCGGAUAGCGGAUAAAUUAUUUUGAUCAGCAAUUUUCGCUGUCUUGUGUGUCUCCCAUGAAGAUUGGAAACUAGUUCUCAUUAGUUCUUUAGUCAAGUACUUGGCACACUGUUGUGAAAUAAAAUUAAUUUGUCUAAUUUUUGAUCAUUAAUAGCUUAGACAUACAGCCCAGCUUGAAAGGUUUGUCCACUUAGAGAGUUAUUUUAAACGUUCCAAUUGUCACGUGUCUUGACGUUUCUAGUCCUUAUAGAGUUUUAAAAAUACCUUGUCAUGGCCUUAUUUUUUUCAAUGACAUCUAAUUUUCACUAAUAAUGUAAACGAUACUGAAUUUCAGAUGAAUAAAAGUUGUUUUAACUCGU